AUGGCAUACGCCAGCAACCGAUUUGGCUACCAUCAACCGCAAACAGACACUGCGCUUGACAACAAACGUCCAGCGUUCAUCGACGAGGACGACGCUGCUGUGCUGGAUCCCUCCAUAUUGGAUGCUGACAUCAUGCAAAGUCCUAACCACAACGCAUUCAGGAAGGACUCCUUCGCCAACAGCAACGGUGUCCUCACGCCAGUGGACUCCCAGGCCUGGGACCACCAGUACGGCGGUGCUUUGUCGGUAGAGCCGGCCUCGGCGGGAGCUACGAAUCCAUAUCACGAAGACGGGCCAGCAUACAUGCGCCAGAACAACCCUCACCACCCGGCCUUCUCACACCAGCAAGGCGCGCCGCAGUGGGCGUUCGAUCAGGCCCCCCGCAACGGCACUCCCACCACCGGCGUCGAGUUCAUCCCACCGACAGCACCAUUCGAUGGCGCGCAUUAUCAACGCAACGACAGCGUCCACGGGACCUUCACUCACGGGCCACCUCCGCCGCACUUCAACGUGUCGCAUCCGGAGCCUGGUUUCAUCCCAGCGCCCCAAGUCCAGACGCCAAUGUCUCCCCAGACUCACGCAGACUGGAUGACCAUGGCGCAGCAGGAAAUGGAGGGUAGACCAUCUUCGCAAAAGCGAAUGAGACCCGGCAGUCCACCGCGCACCAUGAUCGAUUUCCAACGGCGGGAUGGCAUCCGGAAGAAAAACGGUCGCAUUGACAUCCCUCAUGAACGCAAUAUCCAGACAAUAGACGAUCUGAUCGAGAAGACCACUGACGACGAGCUGCUGAAGGAGCUCAAGCAACAGAAGCGAUUACUUCGCAACCGUGAAGCAGCUCUGGCCUCUCGUCAGCGCAAGAAGAAGCAUACCGAAGAUCUCGAAGUGAAAGAGAAGAGCUACGCAACGCAGAUCUCCAUGCUCGAAUCACAGCUCAACGAAGCCAACCGCGACCGUGAGCUGCGGGAGCGGGAACGACAUGUCGCGCACGAGCGCAUCCAGCAAGCCCAACGAGUCAUUGACACAAUGCACGAGGAAAAGCGAGAGCUCAUCGUGCGCCACAAUGAGGAAGCGUCGACUCUCAGGAAACGCGUCCAACUUCUCACCGAGCAACUGGAGCAGAUGGAAGUAGGUGGUGCGCCAGCAAUGUCAACAGUACCUAGCAGCACUGGCUUUACCGAUUUCAACGCCGAGAUGGAGGCAUUGCAUAUGGAGCCACAUGACUGGGACAGCUUUAUCCUCGCAAAUGAAUUCCAGAACGAGGGCUUGGAAGACUUUGCGCUGAUCUCGAAACCAGAAGCUAUGAAGUCAGCACCAACGCUCGAGAAGAAGGCGUCAACCGCGACAAUUGUGCCGCAAUCGAACAAGAAGAACAAUGAACAUGCGACAGAGCAGCCAAUCGCCUCAGGGCUCCUGUUCAUGCUCUUGCUUUGCGGCGCUUUCGUGGCAUCAAAGCCAGCGAAACUGCAGCCUCCGGAAGUGUCGCGAAUGCCACCUGAUGUGCGCGCGGCAGCACCAAUGGUCCUCAGCAGCUUGCUUUCGGACUCCGGACUGAGCGAUGCUCAUGACCAAAACCACGCUGAUGCAAGGAGAGGUCAGGAAGCGGUGCCAUCAAACAUCCAACAAAAUAACCCUAGGACCAGCCGGAUGGACAGGAUGCAUCGGACAAUCACUUCCCCCUCGAAGCAACAGGAAGCAGAUCAAGCUUUCUCCUUGACGACCGCACAAUAUGCCUCAAUGGCCAACGUGGACUAUCCAGCUUACAGCCAACAUCCCACACCAAGUCAGAGUGAGCCUGCGCCACACCCAACGCGUAACCUUGCAGAGGCUCUGGCAAAUCUGGAAAACGAGAACUUUGGUAGCAGCAAGGCCGAAGUAUACACACGAAGCCUGUUGUGGGAUCAGAUCCCGGCGGAUGUGGUGCGGCAGUUCAAGGAAAUAGUGCGCGAUCAUAACCAGCUGGAGACGAGACAGCAACAGCAGCAGGGACCACGACGGACGAGCCACGACUUCACGUACAAAGCUGAGCAAUAG